CGCGCGGAUCAGAGCGGAGCGGCGAUGGAGGCGGUGAAGAGCCUCCUGAAGCCGAAGCCGACGCCGCAGCAGCAGCUGCGCGAGUGGCAGCGCCGCCUCCGCAACAAGGGCCGCAACAUCGAGCGCCAGAUCCGAGACGUGCAGAAGGAGGAGAAGAAGGUGGAGAAGGCCAUCCGGGACGCCGCCAAGCGCGGCGACAUGGGAUCCGCCGAGGCGCUGGCAAAGGAGCUGGUGCAGUCGAGGAAGGCGGUCAACCGCCUCUAUGAGAACAAGGCCCAGCUCAAUUCCAUAUCCAUGCACCUCGGCGAGAUCGCGCUGGCCAAGGAGCUGGUGCAGUCCAGGAAGGUGGUCAACCACCUCUACGAGAACAAGGCCCAACUCAACUCCAUCUCCAUGCACCUCGGCAAGAUCCUCGCAUUACUCGACUUGUUGUUGUGA